UUCAGAGCGCGCGCGCGAGCGAAUAUGGAUCUCGACAGAUUCGAACGGGACAAUUCGGUGAAUUGUUUGUUGGCCUCGGCGGUGCCUCCUGUUUGCCGGACUGAACCCUGCAGUUUGGGCAUCGAUGAGGCAGGCAGAGGACCAGUACUGGGUCCCAUGGUCUACGGAAUCUGUUACUGUCCUGUGUCUCGGCAAAGAGACCUAGAGACUUUGAAAGUAGCAGAUUCUAAAACUCUGACAGAAACUCAACGGGAAGAACUCUUUGAGAAAAUAGAUGCUGCUAAGGAAUAUGUAGGAUGGGCCCUACGCAUCCUCUCCCCCAAUUUCAUCUCAACUAGUAUGCAGAGGCGGAUGAAGUACAACUUGAAUGCUCUAUCCCACGAUACAGCCAUUGGCCUAAUCCAGCAUGCACUAGAUUCUGGUGUGCAACUUGCAGAGGUUUUUGUAGACACAGUGGGACCAGCAGAGAAAUAUCAAGAAAAGCUAAAGCAGCAGUUUCCUGAGCUGGCGGUUACAGUGAAGCCCAAGGCAGACUCUCUCUUCCCUACUGUAAGCGCAGCCAGCAUCUGUGCCAAGGUAGCCAGGGACAGGAUUGUAAAGAAUUGGAAAUUCUUGGAAAAACUGGAAGAUGCAGAAUUGGAUUAUGGCUCAGGCUAUCCCAAUGAUCCCAAGACUAAAGAAUGGCUCGUUCAAAACCUGGACCCAAUCUUUGGCUACCCACAGUUUGUACGUUUUAGCUGGAGCACAGCUCAGCUCAUUCUGGAGAACAAAGCUGUGCCUGUUCAUUGGGAUGAUGCUGAAGAUGACCCAUCCCAGCAGAGUGCAAAGUUCUUGCUGAGCUACUUUAGCCGGAAGGUUUCCCCCUCCAAGCGUACACCCCAUCGCUUCUUUUAUGAACGCAAACUGGAGACAGUGAGCAGCUUGUAGAUGGUGGCAGGGUUAUUACAGAAGACACUUAAAGGGAGCAUCAUUGAAAUGUUGCUGUUACUGCUGUUGCUUGGCAAUAGGACACUGCACCAGGGUGGAAGAGAAUAAACUUUUGCAUAUAGCAGGCCUUUAUUUUUAAUAUAAUGUAUUAUCUUUCCUGUUUCCAGCCCUGUUACUCCUUUGAUGUAUAUAAUUCCAUUUUGUCUUCCAAGUUUGCACAUGCUCUUCUACUUCAGUUCCUCAUCUCUUUCCUCUCUAAAAGCUUGGCAUGUUUCUUUCUAUUUUAAGACACCCUACUCCCUCUUUGAACAAGUUCCUUUCAUUUCUCUUCAAGAGCCUCCAAGAUCUGCUUCUGUACCAAGCCUCUUUUGACAUAGAAGAUUAUUAGUGUACUUGUGUUUGACUAUCCUCCCUUCUCAUCUGUCUAAAUUAAUUUCCAGGCUUUCCAUCUCCUUUCCCUUUCCUUAGAGACUAAGUCAUGUUUGUUGCAUCCUUCUUGGCAGUGAUAGAACAUGGCCUCUUCAGCAGGACAUAACAAUCCUAUUUCAGGGUUAUAUAAUCCAAUCUUGAAAGCUUAGCUUAGUCCAUAAAUAGAUAGCUUGUGGCCUGCAGAUGCUCUUCCCAGCAGCUCCAAGUAGCAUAGAUAAUGGUGAGAUACAUUGGGAGUUGUAAUUCAACAAUAUCUGGAUGGCCUCUGAUUGUUAUCAAGUGGAAUAAUGGAAAAAAGACACUUAUUUACAUUAAUAUCCUGUGCGUCAUUCAAAAAAUCCUUUUACUACAAUGCCAAUAGCCCAGAUGUCAGUAUGCCUUCAUGCAGUGUGUAACUAGUCACUAUAUUUUGUCAACUAGUUUGUGAUAUAUGAAAAAUCAAAAGGAUAUUUUGAAAUAAAG